AUGGAUCCGGAUCCCCAAACACGUACCCGACCCCGAACCCGCCGCCGUUCCACGUGUCACCGUCACCCCAACGAACCAGUAACCGGUUUAUGCGCAUUAUGCCUCCGAGAUCGCCUCACCGGUCUAGACUCUGCAACAAAUCACCUUCAAUCUAAACACGAAACAAUCGUCUCGUUUCCGUUGAGUCGCCGGACAAGAGGCCACGCCGGUGGUGCUCCGUCGUCUACGCUACCGGAGCUCCGCCGGAGCAGAUCCGUCGCCGUUGAGAAAUGUGAGAUUCUGAACGAUUCGUGUUUGGAUCUCCGGCGGAAGUCGUGUGAUGUUAGGGUUUGUAACAGACUCACUGAUCUGUUUAAUGUUGAUGAUUUGAAGAGUGGAGAUCGAGCUCUGAGAGUUGAAUCGAAGAAUUUAGGGUUUUUUGUUGAAGAUAAUGGUGAAAUUAGUGAAAUUAGGGUUUCAGGAGUUAAUGAUAAUGGUGAGAUUGAAGAAGAAGAAGAAGAAGAAGAAGGAGAGGAUCUAAGGACGAUGAAGGAGCACAUUGAGAUGGAAUUGCAGAACAGAAAGAAGAAAUUAUGGAAAACAGCUUCGGUUUUCGGUGAUAAACUGCGAAAAUGGAGGAAAAGGGACAAGGAGAAGAAGGAGAGUGAGAACGAUAGGUCGAGUUUAAGUCGAGUUAAGGAUCCUGAACUGCAAUGUGGUAGGAGAUCAUGUGAUGUGGCACCUAGGUUUUCUGUUGAUGCGCAUAGGAUGUCGGUAGAGGAUCCGCAGUUUUCGUAUGACGAGCAUAGGGCUUCUUGGGAUGGGUAUAUGAUUGCUAGGACGAUUCCUCGUCUUACGCCGAUGCUGCCGAUUGUGGAUGAUAUGAUUUUGCCCCCGGUAAACAAGAGGGUUAUGGUGAAGGAAGAGGGGUCGAGUUCUGGUGUGUCAGCGAAGUCCAAUUCAGACUCGUGUUCGUCGAAUACUGCAAGUAGUUCGAGCUCGAUGAAAAGUUCGAGUUCUAAAGGUGUAGGAUUAGAGGGUGGUUAUGUAAAAUCUGCAUUGCGAAUAAAUGAUGUUAUUGGUCAAGAAACGAAGUUGGUUAUAACUGAGAGAGAGUUCAAUGAUUGGCAUUUGAGAUCUGUCAACGAUAGCAAUUUGGAAUCCGCUUCAAAUGCACCUGUUUCCGCUCGUAGAACAGUCAAGAAUGGGUGGAGAAAGGUGUCUAGUUUAUGGAGCUAUAAGUCAAAACAUAGUGACAAAAAGAACGGCGGUUGUAUCCCCGAGAACGGAGCAUCUUUGAAUCAAAACAGUGAGAUCAAAACCGGUAAACUUGUUAGAAACAGUAGCUGUGUGGGUUCAAGAAACAAAACUGAAUCGCAUACAAAUGGUCUAGAGGGUGGUAGGCAUUCUUUAAGUGAUAUUGAAAGUGGCUUGAUGAGGCUGCAUUUUUCAGCAUUUGGUAAGUCUAGGAAGAAACUGGCUCCAUCUAUGGUUACCGAUGAUUGA